AUGUCUUCCUCUGGUUCAACAAAAAGACAAUUAGUGAACGGAUCCAUUGAAUUAACAGCCGGUGGAGCUGUUUCUAACAUAAUGGUCGGCCACCCGUUGGACACACUUAAAGUUAAAAUGCAAACAUAUCCGCAAUUAUACCGCAAUUCCUUUGAUUGUUUCAAACAAACUGUGGUUAAGGACGGAUGGAGUGGUCUAUACGCUGGACUACGACCUGCGCUCAUCUCCGAUAUAUCGGAAAAGUCUGUCCUAUUCUUUGCGUAUGACUUGUGUCAGCAAUCAAUCUGUGAUAUGAGACAAACACAAGAAUGCACCACAUUUGAUAAGGCAUUGUCAGCUAGCGCCUAUCUGGUUCUUUAA